AUGGGCGCUGCAGCUUCCAAACAGGGUGCUGCUGCACCGACAGCACCACCUGCCGAAGACAAGCAGGCGCAUCCUCUUCAGUUCGGUCGUUCGCUGUUGAAUCAACUCGACAAGACGUCGCUGGACAAUGUCGAGGGCCCCGACGCCUCGCGCCAAGUGAAGCUCGACUCGUCGAUCCAGCAAAAGAUCAAGACCGAGCUCGACCGUCUACGCAAGGAGGAAGCUGACGUGCGUGCCGAGAUCGAGAAGGCCAUCGAAAAGGAGAACCUUGCCAAGGAGUCCAAGUACAAGGGCCAGUCCGAAGGCAAGAACUCCAAUGUGCUGCGUCAGGAGCUUGACCAGCUCAGAUCCAAGAUCGACAAGUACAACAAGCAAAAGGACGUCUCCAACUAUGCCGGUGUCAAGGAGGCGCAGGAGGCACUCGUCAAGUGCUACAAGUCACAACCGGAGAGGACGCUUGAUUGCUGGAAGGAGGCAGAGGAGUUCAAGAAGGCUGUGGCAAACGCCGAGAAGCAGUUUAUCUCUUCGUUCAGCUGA